AUGAGUGAGGGGCUACUUUCUCUCCUGCCAGAGUACCAGACAGCCAGCCAGUACAUGCCUGCUUGCCUGCCCCAUGCUCUGCUCGCUCAGAAGAUCAGCGUUGUGCCCUUCAUGCGCCUCGUGCCACGGUUACCAGACGUGGCAAAGGUCAAGAUGAGAGACACGCUUAUCCCCAAGAUUCUCAAGUUCCUCACGAUAAAGCGGCAGCCCGAUGCCAGCCGCGCGGAGUUUUUUGUCCAUGCGGAGGCGUUUGCUGCCCUCGUGCACCUCGAGUUCGUCUCAAUUCAGGGCGCCGUCACCACCAUCCUCACGUUGCUGCGCAAGCCAGACAACCGCUGUGCUGCAGUGACCAUGCUGGGGAAGACUGUCGAGCUCUGUGCCCCGCAGCUGGUGGCUCAGGGCGACCCGGGCAAGAUGGAGGAGCUGCGGAAAGCCGUCUUGGGACUCAAAGAGGAAGCAUUUCGCUAUGACGUAAAUUACGUGAGGGGCAGCCUCGGCUGGUCAGACAACCCAAUUACCACCUCUCCUGCUCCUGCCGCUACAGCCGCUCCUCCCGCCGUUACCCCUGCUACAGCCGCUCUUUCUGCUGGUGCUGCCGCUACAGCCGCUCUGGCAGCAGCUGGGUCCUCUCCAGCUCCCCUCUCCGCCCCCCUCCCCCCAUCUCACGCACCCCUUCCGCCCUCGCAGCCCCCGCUCCCCCCGUCGCAGCUCCCCUUCUCCCCAUCUCAACCCCCCCUGCCCCUAUCUCAGCCGUCCAGACAGUCUCCUAUGGCCCUUACCGCUCCUCCUCCCGUCAACCCUCCUGUGCCAACGCAUCAGAUGCAAACGCAGGGGCUGGGUCAGGUGCAGGGGCAAGGGCAGGGACAGGCAGCUAUGCUGGUCCCACUCGACUCCCACCACGGCCAUCAGCACACCAUCCUGGCUGGCAGUGGGGCCCUGCUGGUCCCACUCGACUCCUACCACGGGCAUCAGCACACCAUCCUGGCAGUGGGGGUGGACGGCAGCAGCGGCGCAACCUGGAGUGCGGCGAUGGACGGCAGUCUCAUCAUGUGGGGGGGCGACGGCAAGCCCCGCCAGUCUCUGCUGCUCGGGGCGCACUACGUGUGUGGCAUGGACCUCCUAUACUCGCCCUCCUCCCUGCUGCUCGCAGCUGCACCAAGAGAUGAUAUGAGUGAAGGUCAACCGGCCUCCAACCCCAUUGCCCCAUGCAUCCUGCAACUCACAGGGGACGAGGGGGGAGGGGCAGGGGGAGUGGCAGGGGGAGGGGCAGGGGGAGGAGGAGGCGGAGGGUGGCAAGUGACAGGGCGGCUGGAUCGCAACCAGACGAGUGUGAUAUCAUGUAUCAAGGCCAUAGGCAUCCAUCCAGACAUGGCGUUCAUCACAGCGGAGAGCAUGGCUCCAUCCGACAGCUCUCCUGCCUCGCCGCGCGACCGCAUCUGCUGCUACGACCUCACAGGGGCGCCCUUUUCCAGCCUGCACCCCGUCAGGCAAUACACGGAGCACGAGGACCUGAUCACGUGUCUGACAGUGUUCCCCCCCAACCCCAACCUCUUCCUCUCCGCCUCUCGGGACGCCACCAUUCGCCUCUGGGAUCGCCGCACUUCCAACGCUGUUGCUCUGCUUGGCUCCCCCUUCUCCUCGGGCCGCCCGCAGGCACAUGCAGGCAUGGUAACCACGUUGGACGCAUGCCCAGCAUCUUACAGUGGCAUCAGGCGGCAUGGACGGUUACCUGAAACUCUAUCCUUCCCUGAUCUUUCCCCCCAUACUCCCUUCCCCUCACCACCAGCACUACUUGGCUCCCCCUCCUCCUCGGGUCGCCCCCAGGCGCAUGCGGGCAUGGUAACCGCAUUGGACGCAUGCCCAGCAUCUGUUACAGUGGCAUCAGGCGGCAUGGAUGGUUACCUGAAGCUCUGGGACCUGCGCUCCCUGCACUCCCUCGGGAACUCCCCGCCUCUCGGUUCGCUGAACCUGGACGAAUCCCCCAUUCUCAAGCUGGCCAGUAGCAUGCUGCCAGGUGUCGUCGCUGUGAGCACUGUGCGGGGGCUGUACUUGGCUGAUUUGAGUGGCAGUGUGGGGCCGAGUGGUGGAGGCAGUGUCAGGCUGGCAGGGGGGUUCCAGGAUGGACGGCAGCCCGGGCGGUAUCAUGAUAUCAAGUGGGCGCAUGGGCAGCGGCUGCUGUUUGCUGGUGGGGACGCAAUGCGGGUGGAUGUGUAUGGGUUGCAAUGA